AUGGUGUUGAUCACCAGCUCAUUUGAAGAUGAUGUCGUCAGCAACCGCCUCGUUGCGCUUGUGGAAAAGUUCUGCGACUCGGUAGUGACGUGGAAAGCCCAAGAGGAUGCAGUCGCAUUAUAUCCUGUAAGGCAUGUACAGGACUCGUUGAGUGCCGUAAGCUCGUCUGGGCAACCGCCAUUCGGGGACUCAAUGUUGGAGCGAGUAAUUAGCGCCGGUAGACCAUUGCACACCCGUGAAUCUGACGACGACAAAUUAGAUGAACGUGAGGACGAAGUUGUCAUGUAUCCGCUAGACGAAGGCGUGGAAGGGCUUGUAUCAGAUAAAGUUGCUACUUCCAUUAGGAAUGACAUAGUAUCAGCGCUGUCCGUAGGAUUCUCUCUAUCGAAUUCAACUCCGUUCCAAGCCUUGUCAACACUUGAUAGCUAA